GGGAAAUGUUUUGCUCACAAGUCACGUCUUGUGAGGCACCAGAGAGUGCACACAGGAGAGAAACCAUACACAUGCCAGCAGUGUGGGAAAGGUUUUGUUUACCAGUCAGACUUUGUGAGGCACCAAAGAGUCCACACAGGAGAGAAACCAUACACAUGCCAGGAGUGUAGUAAAGGUUUUGCUAGGAAGUCACAACUUGUGUCCCAUCAGAGAGUCCACACAGGAGAGAAACCAUACACAUGCCAGCAGUGUGGGAAAGGUUUUGCUGAGAAGUCAGUCCUUGCGACUCAUCAAAGAGGGCACACAGGAGAGAAGCCAUACACAUGCCAGCAAUGUGGAAAAGGAUUUGUUCACAAGUCACAAUUUGUGAGGCACCAUAAACUCCACACAGGAGAGAAACCAUACACAUGCCAGCAGUGUGGGAAAGGUUUUGUUCAGAAGUCACAACUUGUGUCUCAUCAGAGAGUCCACACAGGAGAGAAACCAUACACAUGCCAGCAGUGUGGGAAAGGUUUUGCUGAGAAGUCAGUCCUUGUGAAUCAUCAGAGAGUCCACACAGGAGAGAAGCCAUACACAUGCCAGCAAUGUGGAAUAGGAUUUGUUCACAAGUCAUAUCUUGUGAGGCACCAUAGAGUCCACACAGGAGAGAAACCAUACACAUGCCAGCAGUGUGGGAAAGGUUUUGCUCAUCAGUCAGGUCUUGUGUACCAUCAGAGAGUCCACACAGGAGAGAAACCAUACACAUGCCAGGAGUGUGGGAAAGGUUUUGCUCACAAGUCACAUCUUGUGAAGCACCAGAGAGUCCACACAGGAGAGAAACCAUAUACAUGCCAGCAGUGUGGGAAAGGUUUUGCUGAGAAGUCAGCCCUUGUGAUUCAUCAGAGAAUACACACAGGAGAGAAACCAUACACAUGCCAGCAGUGUGGUAAAGGAUUUGCUCAUAAGGUAAGCCUUGUUUACCAUCAAAUACUCCACACAGGAGAGAAACCAUUCACAUGCCAGCAGUGUGGAACAUGCUUUGCUCAGAAGUCUUAUCUUAUGAAGCAUCAGAAAGUCCACUCAGGAGAGAAACCGUACAAAUGUCAGCAGUGUGAGAAAGGUUUUGCUGAGAAGUCAAACCUUGUGAGGCAUCAGACAGUCCACAAAGGAGAGAAACCAUACACAUGCCAGCAGUGUGGGAAAGGUUUUGCUGAGAAGUCAGUCCUUGUGAAGCAUCAGAGAAUACAUACAGGAGAGAAACCAUACGGUGUCGAGGAGCCACAAGUAUUUGUGUGAGGGGCUAAUUUGUUUUUCUCCUGAAAGCCAAAGUUAAAUAAGCCAAAGGAGUUCCUCUAAAUGGAAAAAAGACUGUGAGUAAUUACAAAUAAAUCAGAGUGGGAGGAGAAUAGAAUGGAACUUUUUAACUAAAGCUUUAAAGAGAAGAAAAAUAAGCAGCAAUUCCUUAUUUGUCACUGCUGGCUGGAUGUUUGUUAUGUCGAACGGAUGUUAAGAUUUACAAAAUAAAGGUGAAAUAAAACAGCUAAAAUAUAUUGUACUGUGUAUUUGAAGAACUAAAAUACAGAAAUAUAAAUUAAAGAAUAAAUAAAGAGAUAAAAUACAAAA